GCGGCCUGGCUCCCGGCGGGCCCGCCCCUUCCGGGACGACGUCAGCGCCCCGCCCAGCAACGGGCCCGCCCGGCGGAAGCGCGCGCUGCGACUUCCGCCCCAGCGAGGGGCGACGGCUAGAGCCUGGCUGCGCAAGGGCUCCGUGGCCAGAGCUCUUCGCGCGGGGACAGGCAGCGCCGCCGGACGGGUGCGAGUGUCCGAGCGACCCCGGAUGACGCUCAGUCCCGGGCCUCUCUUCUCCCUCCUUUGGGAGCCCAGCGGGUACCGCCGGGACGAGCAGGGGCGGGGCCCACGAGCGGUUAUAGUCGGAUCCACGGCGCUCCGGCUCCCUCCCCGACGCCGCCGCAGUCCCGCAGGGCGCCGAGACCCGGUUGCGUUAGUUCCUGGCCUGCCCCGCCGGGCGGCCGUGCACGUGAGCAUCCUGGCGCGGGGCACGGGGGUGCGGGGCCCUGCGGGCCGGCCGGUGCUCGCAUUGUUGCUGCUGCUGCUGCUGCUGUCGUCGCUGCCCGCUGGCGCCUGGUACAAGCACGUGGCGAGUCCCCGCUACCACACGGUGGGCCGCGCCGCGGGCUUGCUCAUGGGGCUGCGCCGCUCGCCCUACAUGCAUCGCCGCGCGCUGCGCCUCGCUGCCGGACCCGUUGCCUCGGACACCCAGGGCCUGGGCGCGUCCCCCCAGGAGCCAUCUGCCAGAGACACCCUCCGUCCGGCGCCCGUCCCCCGAGGUGCUCUUCUGCUGCCCUCUGGGGUUCGGGAACUGUUGGAGACCGGAAGGCACUCGCGCGCAGGGCUCCGGGUCAGUGCGCCUUGGAGCUGGCGCCUCCCGGAUCUCGCGCCGGAACUGGAGCCAGGGCUCCUCCGCGGAGCAGGCCAGAGCCUUUGGAGAGUCUCCUGUUCAGCCACGGUCUGCCCAGAGAACCGCGUUCGCCGGACCCCACCUCUCCAGGGCUAUCCUGAGCGCAGCCCCUGCUGGCAAUGCCCUUUCUCCUGACCCAGGCAGAAUAGAUUAGUUCUCUAGGGUUUACAGCGACUGGUCAAUAAAUUUGCCUGGUUCAUGUGUC